UGGUUGAAUUGAAUAAUCUCGGAUGAAAAUUGAACAAACGUGACCCGUUCCAUAGAAAACCAAAGUCUAGUCUUCUUCUUCGUCUUCUUCUCCAUUUCCACCUUCAAAAUUCUUGGAAUCGCUUUGUUGUCGCCAUUCAUUUGGUAUCAUCCUCUUUCCAAUUCCAUUUUCUCCACUUAAUUUUAACUUAAACAAUCCCAAUUUUCAAAAUUCCCUUCACUAGUAGCAAAAAAACAAAAACCUAUAUAAAAAAUCAAAAACCCUAUAUUCUUCUGUUAACACCAGACAAAAAAACCGUAGAUUUCAAUGCAAAUUAGCUAGAUCUUCGUAUUUUCAAGGGUUUCGGUUUUGUAUCAACAAAAAGAAUCAAAAUUGUUAAUUCCAAUUCCAAAGAUUUAGAUCUUUGGUUUUGGGGAUUUUUUUUGGAAAUGGCGAGAGGGAGUAGAUCAGUGAGUAGUAGCAGUAAAUGGAGGUACUGUAAUCCGGGUUAUUACUUGAAGCGACCAAAGCGUCUUGCUUUGCUUUUCAUCGUUUUUGUUUCGGUUUCUUUCGUUGUUUGGGAUCGUCAAACUCUGGUCAGCGAACACCAGGUUGAAAUUUCUGAGCUGCGUAAAGAAAUGUCAGACUUGCAAAAUUUGUUGGAAGAGUUAAAUAAAGUGCACGGUGGCGCUGUCAGGAAGGGUGACUCAAAGGGAACAACUAACAAGUCCACUAAAGAGGCCCUGGAUGAUCCCAUUGAUAUCCAGAGAAGGGAAAAAGUAAAAGAAGCAAUGCUUCAUGCUUGGAAUUCUUAUGAAAAAUAUGCGUGGGGCCAAGAUGAACUUAUGCCACAGUCAAAGAGUGGUGUCAAUAGCUUUGGAGGUCUUGGAGCAACUUUAAUUGAUUCUCUUGAUACACUAUACAUUAUGGGACUUGAUGAACAGUUUCAGAAAGCCCGAGAAUGGGUUGCAAACUCUCUGGAUUUUAACAAGGAUUAUGACGCAAGUGUUUUUGAGACAACCAUAAGAGUAGUGGGUGGCCUUCUUAGUACAUAUGAUCUCUCAGGGGACAAAAUUUUCCUUGACAAAGCUAGAGACAUUGCAGAUAGAUUACUGCCUGCAUGGAACACCCCUUCAGGAAUUCCUUAUAACAUCAUCAACCUGUCACAUGGACGUGCACACAAUCCUGGAUGGACUGGGGGUUCGAGUAUUUUGGCAGAUUCUGGCACCGAACAGCUAGAGUUCAUUGCUCUAUCUCAAAGGACCGGAGAUCCAAAGUAUCAGCAGAAGGUGGAGAAUGUUAUAACAGUACUUAAUAAAACAUUUCCUGAUGAUGGAUUACUUCCUAUCUAUAUUAAUCCCGAUAGUGGAACAACAAGCUACUCUCCCAUCACAUUUGGCGCCAUGGGUGACAGUUUUUAUGAAUACUUGCUUAAAGUUUGGGUUCAGGGGAAUAAGACUCCAGCUGUAAAACUUUAUAGAGAUAUGUGGGAGAAAUCAAUGAAAGGUCUGUUAAGUUUGGUUCGGAAGUCAUCGCCAUCUUCUUUUACUUAUAUAUGUGAGAAGAACGGAGGAUCUCUCUCUGACAAAAUGGAUGAACUAGCAUGUUUUGCUCCAGGGAUGAUUGCUUUAGGAUCAUCUGGUUAUGGUCCUGAGGAUUCCCAGAAGUUUAUGUCACUUGCAGAAGAGCUUGCUUGGACAUGUUAUAACUUCUACCAAUCAACUGCAACAAAAUUGGCCGGAGAGAACUAUUUCUUUCAUUCUGGGCAGGACAUGAGUGUCGGUACAUCAUGGAACAUCCUGAGGCCAGAGACAGUUGAAUCACUGUUUUACCUUUGGCGUCUAACUGGCAACAAGACAUACCAAGAAUGGGGUUGGAAUAUAUUUCAAGCUUUCGAGAAGAAUUCUCGUAUAGAGUCUGGCUAUGUUGGACUAAAGGAUGUUAACAAUGGUGUUAAAGACGACAUGAUGCAAAGUUUCUUUCUUGCGGAGACUCUAAAGUAUCUUUAUCUUCUCUUUGCACCUACUUCAGUCAUCCCAUUAGACGAAUGGGUAUUCAACACAGAAGCACACCCUUUGAAGAUUGUGACGAGGGAUGGAGGGAAACCUGUUAAGAACUCAAAUGAGAAGCAAAAACCUCCUAGAAUAGGUGGAAGAAAGGAAGGACGGUCCGGUUAGGCGUACAUUCAUUAUUCUCUACCAUUACUUGUUGAUGAACCACUUCAACCGAGAUUCAAAGAGGAAUUUGUUCCAUUAUGGAGCUUGUAAGAUGUCAGAAUUCCUUCAUCGGGAAGCAAUUGUGAAACAGGUUAAGAAAUGAGUUCAUGUUGCUACAAAUGAUGAGUAAUAUAGGAAAUAGAAAUAGGUCUCCGUAUCUUACAAAAUGGGUUUAUUCGAGGUGACUUGACCAUUUUGUUGAUGACUGACCCUUUUGAAAUUCUGACUAAAAUAGGUUCUGGUCCUUAAUUUUAUCUUGUUGAACCAAAUGUUCUGAGCAUUUCAUACAUGAUUUAUGUAUCUGAGGCCUUUAUCUGUGCACUCAAUAGAAGACAGAUACUUGUAAGCAUUCAGUAUCUGAGAUAUACAGAUAGUGUUUUACGAUUUUAAAA